AUGAAGGUUGCAUUAGAACUAUGCAAUUUUUUGUUCACCACAUCUUGCCUUGUACUCAUUUCAGGGCUCCAACUUCAUUCUAUGCCUUAUGAUCAUUUUGCUACUCCGGAGUGUUUGAAAGAACCUCGGAGGGCACAAUAUGGAGGUGGCAUUAUAGUAAAUCCAGAUUUUGAUCACAACACAAAGGGUUGGUCAGUGUAUGGAAAUGGAACAAUCAAGGUACGAACAUCAAAUGAUGGAAAUAACUUCAUUGUUGCCAGCAACAGAACACAAUCAUUGGAUAGUUUUUCACAGAAGGUUCAAUUAAAAAAAGGAAUGAUGUAUACUGUUUCUGGUUGGUUUCAACUCAGUAAAGGAAGUGAUAUUGUGGCGGCUGUAUUUAAAAUAAAUGGAAGUGAACUGGUACGUGGUGGCUAUGUUAUAGCAAACCAAGGAUGCUGGUCUUUUCUAAAAGGCGGCAUAGUUGCGAAUUUUUCAAGCUCUGCUGAGAUUUUUUUUGAGAGUGACAAUCCAACUGCGGAGUUAUGGGCUGAUAGUGUUUCCUUAAAACCAUUCACAAUAGAGCAAUGGAGAUCACACCAAGACAAAAACAUUGAGAGGGUGCGUAAGAGUAAGGUGAGAUUCCAGGUAACUCAUCUAAACGAAACAGCAUCGGAAGGAGCAACAGUCGUCAUCACCCAAACAAAGCCAAAUUUCCCAUUUGGAUGUGCGAUGAAUAGUCAUAUCCUCACAAACAUUGAGUACCAGAAAUGGUUUGUGGCAAGAUUCAAAUACACAACUUUCACAAAUGAGAUGAAGUGGUAUAGUACAGAGAAAAUUCAAGGCCAAGAAAACUAUACUAUCCCAGAUGCCAUGAUGAAAUUCGCCAAAGAAAAUGGCAUUUGUGUCAGAGGUCAUUCCAUUUUCUGGGACGAUAUGAAAUUUCAGCCUCAAUGGGUUAAGUCCCUACCUCCUAACGAAUUACGAGAAGCAGCUGCAAAAAGAAUGAACUCUGUGGUUUCAAGGUACAACGGACAACUGAUUGCAUGGGAUGUUAUGAAUGAGAAUAUCCACUACCACUUUUAUGAGGAGAAAAUCGGUGUAAAUGCCUCUGCAGAAUAUUAUUCAUCAGCUUACCAUCUUGAUCCAAAAGCUACCAUGUUCGUGAAUGAAUAUAACACCAUUGAAUAUAGUGGAGAGACGAUUGCCAGCCCAGCCAAUUACAUCAGGAAACUUCAGGAGAUUCAGCAAUUUCCGGGAACUGCUGGAAUGCCACUGGCCAUAGGGUUGCAAGGCCAUUUUGGAAGGGGCGUCCCAAAUCUUGCAUACAUGAGGUCAGGUCUAGAUCUUCUUGGUGCAACUGGACUUCCUAUAUGGCUCACAGAAACCAGUGUGGAAGAUCAGCCAAAUCAGGCACAAUACCUUGAAGAUAUACUGAGAGAGAGUUAUUCUCAUCCAGCUGUUCAAGGGAUUAUAAUGUUUCAAGGUCCAGCACAAGCCGGUUUCGUCUAUACACUCCUCGCAGACGCGAAUUUUAAAAAUACUCCAAGUGGAGAUGUUGUGGACAAGCUAAUUAAUGAGUGGGGAACUGGACCUAAAACAGCCAUAGCAGAUAGUAGAGGAAUUGUAGAUAUUUCAUUACAUCAUGGAGAUUAUGAUGUUACUGUUACACAUCCUCUAAUCCAAUACUCCAAAAAAUUGAAAAUAAGUGUAAGGAAAGAAUUUUCACCGGAUACCAUGCAUGUGAAAAUGCAUACCUAAAAAGGAACCACCUUUUAUAACUUAUACUGAAGCUAGCAAUAGUAAUAAAA